AACUGACAGGUCCUGUGCACUGCCAAAUUGCGUAUAUAAAGCUCCCGAACCUCGUCGGCACCUACAGCAACCUUGACAUCAAAUUCAAGCUGCUACAUUCUCUCCUCCGUUCUGCUAAACAAGCCGCUACUCCGAUUCACUUCCCAAUGUCAUCGCGCAGGUCUAUUCCCCUUUCCCUAGGAAGGGACGACCUCUUCGUUAGAAACCCUGCGAAGGUCGACUUUGCAACCGAGGUCUUACCGAAAGCUCUAGUCCAACUUGUGAGGGCCCCAGCCGCCGAGGAAUGGAUUGGGAAAAACGAUAUCCACUUGAUGUAUUCUGGAGUUGUUGCAGACCCCGAUGCAACCCCACCAACCGCUCCUGGACUUCCUCCCGCCGCCAUCGACCUGUCAUCGCACAAUAGUCGUGUGCUGUUUCUGGCAUACCGUAGCCCGACCCAACAGCCCGUGUGCCUAUUGUGUUCUGUCCAGAAGUCAGUACUCAAGUUGCAUGAUUUCACGACGCUAGCCGCGCCUGCUCCCGGUGCUGCAGCUGCACCUGCUGCAACCAGGCUUACGCCUGACAGCGGCCCUCCUCCUUCGCCCGCGGCCACGGCUUUAGCAGCGGCACAGACAACAACGGGACCGGUCACAACGGCACCGGUCACAACGGCACUGGUCACAACGGCGUCAUAUGCUGCCGUAGCAGCUACUGCCCUUUCUGUACUCACUGCACUUCCCAGAGUGGCUGCCGACUACAGCCCCGCGGUAUCGCACCUUGUCAGGGAGGCAGUUACUCACCCAGGUGACGCUGUCGGCGCUGUUCUUGGUGCCACCCUGGAUCCCAUCGCGGCUAUUGAGCAGGUCCAAGCUUUGACGCAGUCUGCCACACUCAACCGUGAGCGAGGGAAUGCUUUCCUAGAAGGCAAUGAAAUUGAUCUUUCGACACCCCCAUGGGAUACAGAGAGUGUAGAAGUUGCUAUGGAUGAAGACGACAUGGAAAUUCUCCAUCAGCUUACACCUGCCCCGACAAAUGUCGCUACCGUAACAUCGUUUGCUCAAUUGGCACAGUUCAUCAGAACCGAGCUCAGAACCGAGCUCCGAACCGAGCUCCGAACCGAGCUCCAACCCAUUAGAGCCCAAUUGGGGAGAGUCGAGUCCACGGUUGGCCUAUUGUACGAGAGGGUCAUCCGGUCAGAUAUGGUUGAUUUCCUCGAGCAAGAAUGGGAUAUAAAAAUUCUGAACCCGCGCGGGGUUCAAUUGCAAGCCAGAGGAUUUGUCUACGCAGGGCGCGGCACCGAUUCGGGUACGUCCAAUUUAUGCACUUAUUUGAUCUGAUGUUAUGUUAUUGAGUAUUUCCCUUAGCUACGUUGGAGUUCCCCUUUCGGCGCCUUUGGUCGAUUUUAAGGAACCAGCACGCGCAGCAUUGGCAGUCUCAUGACAUCCCAUUGUCCUUGAGACCGCUGCGUCUUGAGGUCAACGGUCUCUUCUAUGCUCAUAAGGAGGGGCUCGGGAGAGCCUUUGUCUCUCCGACUUCCGGUGACAUCCCCACACCGCUUGGCACGACGAUUCCACCGGUGGGCGUGCGGACUUUGCCGCAGUCGCCAGACUGCAACGCCCUCGUUGUCGUCGAGAUCACGACCAGCCCGUUGCGUGUUGGGGGAACGGUCACGAAAAAGAAAUUCGCCC